CAGUCUGACCCAGUGAUCAUGUCACGCAGCUGCGCACCUCCUCCCUCGGCGCCGUUGUUUCAUUUGCGCCAUUUUGUCCGCUCACUUUGUUGAUUGGGCUUUGGCGAGCUGUACUGGAGCCAAUCAGAGGGAAACCGGACAGCAGAGAUACGGGAAGAGGAUUGUGACAUUAAGAAGCUAUGGAGCAGUACACUACUGCCACCACUACCACUGGAGAGCAGAUUGUUGUACAGACCACCAAUGGACAGAUCCAGCAGCAGACACAGGGCACAGUGACAGCUGUGCAGCUGCAAACAGAGGCGCCAGUGGUGACGGCCUCAGGCCAGCAGGUGCAUACACUCCAGGUCCAGGGACAACCUCUGAUGGUCCAAGUGAGUGGUGGGCAGCUCAUCACAUCAUCAGGGCAACCGAUUAUGGUGCAGGCCAUGUCUGGGGGACAGGGGCAAACUAUUAUGCAGGUCCCAGUUUCUGGAGCUCAGGGCCUACAACAGAUUCAGCUGGUACAGCCCGGUCAGAUCCAGUUGCAGGGCGGCCAGACGCUGCAGCUGCAGGGCCAGCAGGGUCAGCCACAGCAGAUCAUUAUUCAGCAGCCCCAGACAGCUAUCACUGCUGGACAGAACCAGGGGCAGCAGAUCAGUGUGCAGGGGCAGCAGGUGGCACAGACAGCUGACGGGCAGACCAUCGUCUACCAGCCGGUCAAUGCAGAGGGUGCUGUCCUCCAGCAGGGCAUGAUCACUAUCCCAGCUGCCAGUUUGGCCGGUGCCCAGAUUGUUCAGGCAGGUGGUGCCAACACCAACACUACCAACAGCGGCCAAGGCACUGUGACCGUCACCCUGCCCGUCUCUGGCAACAUGGUCAAUGCAGGUGGAAUGGUCAUGGUAAGACCUUAUUCAGAGAUGGUCCCUGGUGGGGGUGGAGUUCCCACUAUGCAACGUAUUCCCCUGCCAGGAGCAGAGAUGCUUGAGGAGGAGCCCCUGUAUGUCAACGCCAAACAGUACCAUCGGAUCCUAAAGCGACGACAGGCGCGGGCCAAACUGGAGGCUGAAGGCAAGAUCCCCAAAGAGAGAAGGAAAUAUCUGCAUGAGUCUCGCCACCGUCAUGCUAUGCAGCGUAAGCGAGGAGAUGGAGGACGUUUCUUCUCUCCCAAAGAGAAGGAGGAAAUGGCAUUGGCCUUGGCACAGCAACAGCAGGAAGCAUCUCAGGCAGAUGAGACUGUGGCUCAGAUGAUCCGAGUUUCGUAGCACAGUCAUGGCCUGCCUGCGUCCCUCCCUCCAGAUGAAACUUCAUCCCAGUCAAACUGUCCCUUGCUCCAUCUUUCCUCAACCCUACUCCAUCCCACCAACCCGGCCACUCGUUCACGACCCACACGUUCCCUCAAUGGCUUUUUUCUUUUCCCAUUUCUGCACCUCUUCACUGGUCUUCCAGGGAGGUGACCAUGUGGUUGCUCUGCCCCUGAACUGAUCCUUUAUGGAGAAUUGGAGGAUGCUUCCAUGCUCAGCUUUACUGGUCAGGCAUUUAGAACCAGCUUUUUUUAUUUUUUUUUAUAAGGAUUUGUUUUUGGACAAUACAAAAAUUGAGAUAUGGCAAAAUCAGUGGGAGUCCUCCUGGAAAUGGAAAAGAAAGCUGUGAAGCCAUACUCUGUCGUGCAUUGGUUUGUUAAAAUAUGGAAAUAUGUAUUUAGUUUGUUUUCUUGUUGUUGCUUUAAAUAUUUUUGUAAAUGGUACAGGUUUUUCUUCACGGACAUUUGUUCACCCUUCAUGCUAGUCUGGUAUCCUUUCGUUUUAUUUCAUACCCUUUAUCUUUGACAUAUCCAGCGUACAGUAUGUUUUGUGGGGAACAACUCAGCACCUUAAGAGCAUCUGCUGAGCAUUUGUGAAAUUGUUGUACAUACAUUCAUUUCUUUCCCAUUUUAUGGAUGUACUUAAUUGCUUGCCCAGCUGUUUGUAUGUAUUUUAUACAAUUUGCAGUAGGACCUUGUGUUUGUAGGGGAAUGCCUCUGUUUUGCCUCACAUUACUUAACAUACAGUAGUAAUAGUUUCAAUUUUAAGUCCAUGUAGAUGUUGUUGUCAUUGUAGAUACUUUUUUUUACCCCGAACAUAAUACUGCAAGAUCCUUUUUUUAAGAGAAAAGGGUAGGACAUUGAGUUCAUAAAACAUGUCCAUUAAAUUUUAUCAUGUAACUUGUAAA